AUGAGUUCCAUCGACGAGGUCAGCAGGAUCGCCAUCUGGCGCGAGCACGUCAAGAAGGAGGGCGCGCUGGUCAUGCGGACGGAGUUCUCGCUCUCGCACCCCAACCGCCUCCAAGGGAUCCCAGAGAAACCCAACAAGGUCGACCCGAGGGUGCAGGUCAACGAGGAGGCGACGCUCGCGGCCACGACGAAGCUCAACGACCUGAGUCAGACCAAGGACACCCACCUCCUGCCCUUCCAGAAGUACAAAACACCCCAGACUACCUCGCAGCAAUACGGCUGGGUCCAGGAGCAGCUCAUGAAGCCCCGCAACCGCUUCACGUACGGCAAGGGCCAGUGCGACGUGACCACGUACGCGGACCACUACUACGCCAUGUCUGGGAGGUCGCCCUACGCCUCGGGGGCCGCCAGCGCGCUCGGGCCGGGCUCGUAG